GACUUUUGUGAGGAGGAAAACGUUUGACGCGUAGUUGUUUAUUGUUUAUCAUUUCGGAAACAGCACAGAAAAAAGUGUCCCGGAAAUUUCUCAAUAAAUUUAGUUAUCAACAAAAUGACAAAUUCCACUAAAUCAGAGGAAAUAACGCUAGGCGCUGACUGCGAACUAAGAUUCGAAAUUGAAUCCAAAGAAUCCAUCACCGUCGAGUUAAAGUCCGGCUUUGCUGAACUUUUCGGCACCGAACUAGCCAAAGGCAAACAGUACGAAUUCCACCAGGGUGCCAAAGUGGCCAUUUUCACCUUCCACGGUUGCGUUCUACUGGUAAAGGGAAAGUCAGACGUCAGCUAUGUGGCCAAAGAAACACCGAUGGUGCAAUACCUGAACACACACACCGCCUUGGAGCAGCUGCGAACAAAUGCCGAAGAGAAAUCGUCGCAAGGACCGAUUGUCAUGAUUGUGGGACCGCAAGAUGUGGGCAAAUCGACACUGUGUCGCAUACUAUUGAACUAUGCCGUGCGAAUGGGUCGUCGACCGAUUUAUGUGGACAUCGAUGUUGGGCAAGGUAGUAUCUCGUGUCCGGGCACGAUUGGUGCGUUGCUCGUUGAACGGCCGGCAACGAUUGAGGAGGGAUUUUCACAGCAAGCUCCACUCGUCUAUAACUUUGGUCACGUAUCACCCGGUGCUAAUAACAAACUGUACAAACUGCUGGUGAGCAAACUCGCCGAGGUGUCGUUGGAGCGAUUACAGACCAACAAGAAAGGCAAAUCGUCCGGAAUGAUCAUCAACACAUGCGGCUGGGUCAAAGGUGACGGAUAUCAACACUUAUUACAUGCGGCACAAGCAUUCGAAGUGGGAGCCAUUUUCGUUCUGGACCAGGAGCGUCUGUACAACGAACUGUUACGCGACAUACCGAAAUUCGUGCAAGUCGUCUAUUUGCCGAAAAGUGGCGGCGUUGUCGAACGGACGAAACAACUUCGCAUCGAAAGUCGUGAUCAACGGAUCCGCGAAUAUUUCUAUGGACUGCGGUCGCCCCUUUAUCCACAUUCGUUCGAUGUGAAAUGGUCAGACGUACAGAUUUACAAAAUCGGAGCACCAGCACUGCCCGACUCGUGUAUGCCGUUGGGAAUGAAGACGGAAGACAACAUGACAAAGCUAGUGACCAUACAACCGUCCACUGCUCUGCUGCAUCACAUACUGGCUGUGAGUUUUGCGGCACCGGACAGCGGAAGUGAUGACAUCAUCCAAACCAAUGUCGUUGGUUUCAUUUGCGUCACCAACGUUGAUACCGACCGACAAACGUUAACAGUUCUAUCGCCUCAGCCACGACCACUGCCCAACACCGUAUUUUUAGUGUCCGAGGUGCAAUUUAUGGACAGCCACUGAUUCGAAAUACAAAAAUUUUUGAUUUUUCUCAACG